AUGGCGACAUUGAUAUUACCGACAACAUUAUCUGAUAUGGAAGACCUUUUACCGGGUUUUUUGGAGAGAUCUCCUGGCAUUACGGAUAUGUGUGAGUCGGCAGCGGAAAUUCGGCGAAUUGCCCAAAAAAAAUUUAACACACCAUCUCCACCCUCAUCUCCGUUGCACGAUACAACACUCCUAUGA